CUUAAUCUUGAUUUUGCACAUUUCCCGUUUGGCAAUGUCAGGACGCGGAAAACAAGGAGGUAAAGCUCGUGCUAAGGCCAAAUCGCGCUCCUCCCGUGCAGGCCUGCAGUUCCCGGUGGGCCGAGUUCACCGUCUGCUCCGUAAAGGCAACUAUGCCGAGCGGGUGGGGGCCGGUGCGCCCGUCUACAUGGCGGCGGUGCUCGAGUACCUGACAGCGGAGAUCCUAGAGCUGGCGGGCAACGCGGCCCGGGACAACAAGAAGACGCGCAUCAUCCCCCGUCACCUCCAGCUGGCUAUUCGUAACGACGAGGAGCUAAACAAGCUGUUGGGCAAAGUCACCAUCGCCCAAGGCGGUGUUUUGCCCAACAUCCAGGCCGUUCUAUUACCAAAGAAAACCGAAAGUCACAAAACCAAAAGCAAGUAGAUCGCGACAAAGUAAGCCAAAGAACAAAGGCUCUUUUUAGAGCCACCCAAGUUUUCAAAGAAAGAGCUAAUGCGCUAUUUCGUGAUCAGCCCUUCAUUUAACACUUUGGUGGCUCUUAAAAGAGCCUUUGGGAUGACGAGGGGUGGUAUAAAGCUUAAUUAUUUAUUCUUGCCAGGUUUGUGACUCUCCGUUUUCUUGGGUAACAAGACAGCCUGGAUAUUUGGCAAGACGCCGCCCUGAGCAAUGGUGACACCUCCGAGUAACUUGUUGAGCUCUUCGUCAUUUCUCACGGCCAGUUGCAAAUGGCGAGGAAUGAUGCGCGUCUUCUUGUUGUCGCGGGCCGCGUUCCCCGCCAACUCCAGGAUUUCCGCCGUCAGAUACUCGAGCACGGCCGCCAAGUACACAGGCGCGCCUGCACCCACGCGCUCGGCAUAGUUGCCUUUGCGGAGCAGGCGGUGUACUCGGCCCACCGGGAACUGAAGGCCAGCGCGUGACGAGCGCGACUUGGCCUUUGCGCGUGCUUUGCCUCCCUGUUUCCCGCGUCCUGACAUUACGGGUAGAAACGUAGCUACAGCUUCUUUUUCAAAGAGAAGGCUGUGGAGAGGAUAACCAAUUUGAUGUGAUUUAUAUGCGCUACCGGGAGGGGUGAAAGGAAGUAGUUUGAUUGGCUGAAAGGGUAGCCCGAUCAGACAGCCAAUGGGAAAGCAGGAAGCAGCCUCUUCGUUUGCAUCCUGUACUACGAGGAAAUGACGGAUUUCAUGGGUACCUACCAAUCACUGGGAGCCACAUUAAAGC